GCGUCUUCGGCUGUUGGGUGUUGUUGAAUUGUUACCGUCACCACGUAUGUUUUUUGACGUUUUGUGUCGGACAUUUUCCAUCUGACUUUUUGUUUCUAUUAGUUUAUUCAUGUUACAUUUUAAUGAUCAAGGCAGAAUUCUUAUCACAGUUAUACUCAUUGCGAUAUUACACUCAAUAAUUCAGUUCAAUUAUACAGUAUAGACCGCAUCCUAAAUCCACGAGUUCAGAAACAGUUGAAUCCUUUUGGUAAACAUCAUAGAUCAGAAUCUUUGUUAGUUUGCAACACACUAUAUCUAAAACACCAGCUAACGCUCCUGUGACCAUUGAAAUACUGGAAUUAUUAUGUCCUUCCCUUAAGAUUAGGAGAAAGACAGUUGGAAUUAAUUCCACUAAGUGACUCAACUUUCGUUAAAAAAUUCGAUAAUUGCUUGGUGGACAAAUUAGCCAUUGCGGUGCCUGUAAUAUCAUCAAGAUGACUGGUGGAUAAAAGCUUUGAGUAUAAUCAGUUAUGACUAAUGAAACAUUGAGGUGAUUUCUUGAUCGGCUAUUAAAGGCAAGCCGUAGGUACGUGUAUGAGUUGAAAAUAUGUUGUCAUGGUCACUUAUGGAUUUGUUAUUUAAGUUAUUUUAGUCAUAUUAUUAAAGGUGUGGAAGAAUACUAUGAUUAGGAAUUUAAAGCUUGUGAAAUAUAUUUAGACAAACUGUUUACUUGCUAAGAUAAUAGUUAAGUAAAUCCGUGACUUAAAUUAACAAUCUUAAAUCAGGGAGAUGUGCACCACAAGGCUGAGACCUCUCCAUAUAUAUAUUCCAUACAGCUUAGUAAUAUGUAGGUUUUUAUUUUUACCUCGGAUUAUUACGUGCAUUCUUCCCGUCAGUCAAAUACAACGUAGAACCAAGCACACAUGUGCAUCGGUCCAUGUUUCUAUACCUCAUACUUCCCGUACAUCUUGGUAUUUGCUGUUUCUGCAUGAUAUCGAUCGAUCGAAUUAAAUCAUGUAUCUUUUUUAUCCUCACUACAGAUCUUCUGGUGCCAGUGUAAACAUACAGCUUUUUGUGGAUUUAAUUACGGCAAAAUGGGUUUGCCUGUUGUGCUAUUCGUAAUGUAUGGAUAUAAUAUGACUUUAUUCCUUGCUGUAUUUGUGUUUUUGUGGUGCAUGUAUAUUUGGGAAACAUACUUGAGUAUUCGUCAAAGAAGAAAAAUUGUUGACACAAGAACAGUGCCUAUUGAACUAGCAAGUGUUAUGGAUAAUGAUAAAUUUCAAAAAUCACGUCUUUAUGCGAUUGAUCGAUCAAGCUUUGGUCUAGUAAGUGGGUUAUAUCAUAUGAUAGAGCUAUCAGUGACAUUGUACUUCUCAUUGAUACCAUGGUUAUGGUAUACAGUUGUUAACCACAGCACUAUCUUAAAUACCUAUGUGCUACACAAAUUUGGUGUCGAUAUGGGUUUUAAUAAAGAUAGCGAAAUAAAAUGUUCUGUCAUUUUUUUCCUGUAUGUAGCUGUAUUUGUAUUUUUCGACUCACUCCCUUGGACGAUUUACAGCACAUUCGUAAUAGAAGCACGCCAUGGAUUUAACAAGCAAACUUUUGGUUUUUUCAUUAAAGACCAAAUCAAGUCGCUUUUGAUUUCAAUGAUUAUUGGCAUUCCAAUAAUGUCUUGCCUAGUAUGGAUAAUCAAAGUUGGUGGACAUUAUUUCUACUUGUAUGCCUUUUUAUUCACAGUUGUGGUCACUGUGUUUCUAAUGUUUGUGUAUCCAGAGUUCAUUGCCCCAUUGUUUGAUCGUUAUGAACCAUUACCUGAUGGAUCUUUAAAGACGAAAAUUGAAGCAUUAGCUGCGUCUAUCAAGUUUCCUUUGAAAAAGCUCUUAGUUGUUGAAGGAUCACGACGUUCUGCUCAUAGUAAUGCAUAUUUCUAUGGCUUUGGUAAGAACAAAAGGAUAGUAAUUUUUGAUACGCUUAUUCGUGGUUUCAAAUUUCCAAAUAAAAACGAAGAUCUAGCGAAGCAGGAAACUAAAAAUGAUUCAGACCAACGAGGCUGUGCAGUUGAUGAAGAAAUUUUGUCAGUAAUCGCUCAUGAAUUAGGACAUUGGAAACUAGGGCAUACAAUUUACAAUCUUUUCAUCGGGAAGGCAAAUCUCUUGAUGUUGUUUGUAAUAUUUGGCCUUCUGAUGGAUGUGGAUGAUUUGUUCAUUUCCUUUGGUUUUAAAAGUGACGAUACACCAAUAAUACUGAGACUGUUUAUUAUCUUUCAGUACAUUUUCUCUCCGUAUAAUACGGUUAUGGACUUUCUAAUGACAGUCUUGUCUAGGAAAUUUGAAUUCCAGGCAGAUGCCUUUGCUGCUAAAUUGGGUUAUAAACAGUAUUUAAAAUCUGCCUUGGUAAUUCUGUUAAAAGACAAUUUAUCAUUUCCUGUCUGUGAUUGGUUGUAUUCAAUGUUUAACCAUUCCCAUCCACCACUUCUUGAGCGUUUGAGUGCAAUUGACAAGUGUAAAUCUGACUAAAUUAUGUUGUAUUUCCAUUCACAUUUGUUUUAUUCGGCCUCUGUUGGUUGAAUAUUGUUUGGCAUUCACCGUUUGUUGUUCACUUUUACAAAAUUUUCUCAGUGUUUGUAAGUAAGAUGUUUUUUCAUUAUAUAAAUUUACUUUAAAAGCC